CUGGUUUUCAAAGAUAGUUGUAGGGGAGGAUCUCAUCAUUAAAUCAUGUUGUCAAGGCGACAAGUUUGUGUGGAGCAUGGCUUUGAGGAGAGUGUCAGAACACAGGCGUAUUCCUGUCACGAUUUCAUCACUAUUUCUGCGUAACCUUGGCAACCCAAACUCCCCAAAAACCGCAACACUACAACCAGUGGUCAAGAGCGACCGGCAUAUGCAGUCCUGCACUGUGCUCCUGAGUUGAUGUUGUUAGCAUUAUCACACUUGAUCAAUAACUAUUAAUGAAGGAAACCAUGGCUGAUUCAAGACGUGGCUCUUGCUCUGCGUUGCCAUGGAAACCAGAGCUGCAGCGCUGCAGGCUCAAAUUGGGAGUUGGAAGAGAAAGACGGGAAAGAGAGAAAAAAAAAGAGAUAGAGAAGGAGGGGGUAUUUCAGAUGGAAUGGGGGAGAAAGGUAGUCCCUAUAGUUAGAACCCACAAACACAGGUAACCUCUUUUAUGAUCAUUUUACCACUUCACUUACAAGCAAAACAACUAAUAUUAUAAAUAUAUGUAUUAGAUUAAGUAAAUAAAUAAUUUUUGUCUUCAGUCUUUUGGAGGCGUUCGUGUACUCCAUGCACAUCAUGGUCUGCUGUUGAUCCAUAUUAUGCUACAUGUGUCUAUUCCUGACGAUUCGUUUCAAUGGUCACAGAGCCUUCUGUAAAUGUGCACUUCCGCUCCAAACCUGUAGACGGCGACGUCGAGUCACACGUGUUACUAUUAGAGUACACGAGGAAACCACUUCAUAUGAAACACAUCAAUGAACAACAAUCCUGCUCGUUCAGCAACAGUUCAGUAAUUUAAAACUUAGAUGCUACUGUAAAUAUUAACGAAGGACUUUUCAAAUUAAGUUUUAGACGGAAUGCUUGCUUAGAGACUCGCGAGUGUCAUGACAGUUAGUUUCUUGCAUUGCCAAUAACUCUGUAAUGGUUAAAUAUUGACAUACUGACAACGAUGGCAAAUCAUGUACCAUGUAACAUUUCUGCUGACCUGGAAAAGUACAUUGUGAAGGAGGCUCCUCCAACUAUUUAUUAUGUUCCCAAUUUUAUAACGGAGGCUGAGGAGGAGUAUCUGUUGCAGCAGGUAUACAGAGCUCCCAAGCCUAAGUGGACACAGUUGUCAGGGAGGAGGCUACAGAACUGGGGUGGAUUGCCAAAUCCCAAAGGAAUGCUUGCUGAGAAAAUCCCUGAUUGGCUUCUAAAGUACACAGAAAAAAUAUCGUCUCUUGGAGCUUUUGCUGGAAAUACAGCUAAUCAUGUGCUUGUAAAUGAAUACAAGCCUGGGGAGGGAAUUAUGCCUCAUGUGGAUGGACCACUGUAUCACCCCACAGUAACAACUAUCAGUCUGGGUUCUCAUACACUUCUGGAUUUCUACAAGCCUGUUUGUCAGACUCAGUCUGAAAUUCCUCAAACAGAGGAAAGGCGCUACAUGCUAUCACUGUUGGUACAACGAAGAAGUCUGCUGAUUCUCCAGGAUGACAUGUACAAGCUUUAUCUGCACGGUAUUCAGGCAGUUUGUGAGGAUAUUUUGUCAGAGCAUGUGGUGAAUCUCUCAUCAACAGGGGCUCAGGUGGGGGACACGCUGCCCCGUAGCACCAGAGUCUCUCUUACAAUUCGUAAUGUUCCCAAAGUCAUCCGGGCCAAUUUGUUGCUUGGCAAGAAGUAACACAUUCAGAGACUUGCCUGAACUUUGAACCAGACAAACAGGUUAUACAUGUUUACACCCUCAAAGCAAAGUGUGUAAAUGCAAUACACAAAAUGUCUACAAUAUAUUAUUGUACACGCAGAGCAUUAGUGUCUGUAAGGAUAUCUUACUAUAGAUACAUUACUGGGUGGCAUGUAUGCGACAGCCUCUGAAAUAUUUGUCCUCUCUAAACUGAAAGGUCUGCAGGGUUGUCAAAUCUUGUACAAACAGAUCUACAUUGACCAUUUUAGCGAAAGGAUAAUAAAUGGGUGUUUUGCAACAUAAAUAAAAUGCUGUAUUUAUGGAC